GUGAGUUUAGGAUUUUUGUUCCUUGUAUGAUUGAGUUUGACAUCCCCGCAUGGAGCGCAUUUUGUGUCAUUUUCCACUAUUUUUAAUAAUUUCUGUGUGGAGUGUAGCUCUAGAACCUGUUUACAUGAGCUUUAUUAGCCGUUUAGGAGUCCGAGCUUUGAGUUUGUACAUGGAAACCUGAGCGUAAAGAUGGCAGCGCGCGGCGCGCUCCCUCUAAAGAUGUUGCGGGGCGACAGCAGCAGCACCAGGGCAGGGGCUGGCUUGUCAACGGAGUGAGAUUCCGUGUGGGAGGAGGAGGAUGGGUGGGUUUAAGUAGAAGCUAUCAGGUCUCCUGCUCUCACACGCUCUGCUGUGCGCACAGGCUGAAGACAAAAGCAGGCGGCAGCAUCCCUCCUCUCCAUGCGAUGUGCAGCAGGUCGCUUCAACGUCUCUGAAGUGGCUGCCUCACCGGGUCGGACCGGGGGCCGUUUGGUCUCCGAUUUGGUCACGAGGGACUCGACGCGCUCCGUCGGUGCCAGGCUGUCCGCCUCGCGGAUCACACCCGAACCCGCCCGAUCCCCGGCCAUGGAAAUGAUGGAGGGGGACGUUCUGGACAAGCUGGACGACAUGUCGUCGAUGUACGACUUCGACCCGAUCACCGGGACCAUCCCCGCCACCAAAGUGGAGAUCACCGUCUCCUGCAGACAUCUGCUUGAUAAAGACACAUUCUCAAAGUCCGAUCCAAUGUGUGUGCUCUACACGCAGGGUGUUGAAACCAAACAGUGGAGAGAGUUUGGACGAACAGAAGUGAUAGACAACACCCUGAACCCAGACUUCGUCAGGAAGUACAUCUUGGACUACUUUUUCGAGGAGAAGCAGAACCUUCGCUUUGACUUGUAUGAUGUUGACUCCAAGAGCCCAGACCUCUCCAAACAUGACUUCUUGGGUCAGGUGUUCUGCACUCUCGGGGAAAUUGUUGGAUCACCAGCCAGUCGACUGGAAAAACCAUUGGGGUGAGUAAAAGCUACAAGCAGUUUUUCAUGCUCCCUGACUUCGAAUGUGAUUAAAAACCACUUCCUGGUGCAAAGCGGGUUUGUAAAACACAAGAGAUGAUGUUUUGGACACACACACAACGUAUUUCAUUGCCUCCGUCUAGCUUUUAGGUCAAUAAGUCUCCUGCAGCAGUUGCAUGUGAUCAUAGCAUGUCAGAUGGGAUUAAAUCCAUGCUUGAUUCUGCUUUAUUUAAUUCUGAAGCGCUUUGGAGUUGACCAACAGAAGUGCAUCUGGGUAUGAAAUUAAAAAAAAGAAGCUUGACUUGUUGUGAAUGUUUAAAGAUGGACACAGAUGCUAAUUUAGAACAGAAGAAACUUGGAGACAAAGAUGAAAGGAAAGCUAAAAGAGAAGCAAGAAAAAAGACAAUAA